AUGCAUUUCACCACUAUUCUUGCUUCCGCCAUUGCCCUUGCCAUGGGCGCAUCUGCGAUGCCUGCGCCCCCGGCCGACACUCGGUAUGCCCAGCUCCGUCUGUUCGGGGAGCCUGGCUGUUCGGCACAGAACGAAGGCGAACUCGGUGUCUAUGGCGACUAUGUCAACAAGUGCAAUAUAUUUCCCGGCGACACCCCUUAUAGAUCUGUGAGCUUCGAAUACGCGAUCAACAAUUGCAGCCUGCGUGUUUAUAGCGACGUCACUUGCCAUUUGGACGCACAUGACGUUCCUGUCCAGACUUGUCUCUCUGGCGACAAGGUUUACCGAAGCUACGAGGUUCAUUGCGACCACCUCUAG